CCACCGGGAGUCACUGCCAGCCCGCCAGCCAGCCUCAACCAUGUCUCGCUCGUUCUAUGUGGAUUCGCUCAUUAUCAAGGACCCGGCUCGGCCGGCUCCCUCGUUGCCGGAUCACCACCACCCGCCACCCGGGCAGGACUUCCUCAUCCCGCUGGGCGUGCCGUCGCCGCUGGUCAUGUCGGUGGCGGGCGGGCCGGCGUGCCCGUCGCGCAAAAGCGGCGCUUUCUGCGUGUGCCCGCUGUGUGUCACCUCGCACCUGCACGCCUCUUCACGGGCGGGCGCGGCAGGAGGAGCCGGAGGAGGAGGAGGAGCGGGCGCCGCUGCCGCCAUCCCACAGUAUUGCCCCCGCCUGAGCCAUGCCCAGCAGCAGCCAGCCCCGCAGCAGCAGCAGCAGCAGCAGCAGCAAGCCGGCUCGGUGGCCUCCGCGGCGGCGGCGGCAGUGGCGGCAGCUCACGCCCUGGGCCACCCAUCUGUCUGCGCAGCAGCCGCCUACAGCAUGAGUGACCCCCGGCGAUUCCACUGCCUCGGCAUGGGAGGCUCGGAUGCCAGCCAGUUGCAAAACGGCAAGCGGAUGCGCACGGCCUUCACCAGCACGCAGCUUUUGGAGCUGGAGAGGGAGUUCUCGUCCAACAUGUACCUGUCCCGGCUGCGUAGGAUCGAGAUCGCCACGUACCUCAACCUGUCCGAAAAGCAGGUGAAGAUCUGGUUCCAGAACCGGAGGGUGAAGCACAAGAAGGAAGGCAAAGGCACCCAGAGGAAUCCGCACGGCGGCUGCAGCUGCACCAGCAACCCGGGACGUUACUCCAGGUCCGAGGACGAAGAGUCGCUCUCGCCGGCCUCGGCUAACGAAGACAAGGUCUCCCCUUUAUGAAAAGGCUCCCCUUGGACUUCUUGACGGGC